UUUUGUGUCGGUGCUGUUCGCUUCGACCGCAGCGUGAAAUUAUUUAAGUAUUGUUAGUAAUUCCAAAAAUUAGUUCAAAAUGAAGAUUGAGGAAGUAAAAAGUACCGCAAAAACCCAAAGAAUAUCUGCCCAUAGCCACAUAAAAGGCUUGGGCUUAGAUGAAAAUGGUGUACCUAUUCAAAUGGCAGCCGGUCUCGUGGGUCAGGAAUCUGCAAGAGAGGCUGCCGGAUUAGUUGUAGAUAUGAUCAGAAGCAAAAAGAUGGCAGGCCGAGCUUUGCUGUUUGCUGGGCCACCAGGAACGGGCAAAACUGCUAUUGCACUAGCUAUCGCUCAGGAAUUAGGUACCAAAGUGCCAUUUUGUCCCAUGGUUGGAAGUGAAGUAUACAGUACUGAGAUUAAGAAAACUGAGGUCUUGAUGGAGAAUUUCCGACGUGCCAUAGGCCUUCGUAUUCGUGAGACCAAAGAGGUUUAUGAAGGAGAGGUCACUGAGCUGACACCUGUUGAAACAGAGAAUCCAGCUGGAGGAUAUGGCAAGACAGUCUCUCAUGUGAUCAUUGGACUUAAGACAGCUAAGGGCACAAAACAAUUGAAGCUGGACCCCACCAUAUAUGAGUCACUUCAGAAGGAGAAGGUGGAAGUAGGUGAUGUUAUCUACAUUGAAGCUAACUCCGGAGCUGUAAAGAGACAGGGAAGAAGUGAUACUUUUGCUACGGAGUUUGAUCUUGAGGCAGAGGAAUAUGUUCCACUACCUAAAGGUGAUGUUCACAAAAAGAAGGAGGUUGUGCAAGACGUAACCCUGCAUGACCUUGACUGUGCCAAUGCAAAGCCCCAGGGAGGACACGACAUCAUGUCGAUGAUGGGACAGCUCAUGAAACCAAGGAAGACUGAGAUCACUGACAAACUAAGGAAAGAAAUAAACAAAGUAGUCAACAAGUACAUAGAUCAGGGUAUAGCUGAAUUGGUGCCAGGUGUGCUGUUCAUUGAUGAGGUACACAUGUUGGAUAUCGAAACGUUCACAUACUUACACCGCGCCCUGGAAUCCGCUAUUGCUCCCAUAGUUAUUUUUGCUACCAAUAGAGGCAAAUGUCUAAUCAGAGGCACUGAGGAUAUUAUCUCCCCCCACGGCAUCCCCUUAGAUCUUCUAGAUAGAUUGCUGAUCAUCCGCACCUUGCCGUACAACAAAGCUGAGCUCCUACAGAUCCUGAAACUACGAGCGGCCACUGAAGGUAUCGCUAUUGAAGAUGAGGCCCUAGCCGCUCUUUCAGAAGUAGGAGCGAACAGUACUCUAAGAUACGCGGCGCAGCUGCUGUCGCCCGCGUGGCUGGCGGCGCGCGCGGGCGGCGCGGCCCGCAUCGCGCCGCCGCACGUGUCGGCCGUGCACGCGCUGUUCCUGGACGCCAAGUCCUCCGCGCGCAUCCUCACGCAGCACUCCGACAAGUACAUGAAGUAGAGACCACGGCACCGCGCCUCAUACACCUACACGUUGUUGUAUUCGAAGGACGAGCGCUUAUUUAAUAUAAGUUUUAAAACUGACUAUUGCUUUACCCGCACACUUGAAAUGAAACGUGUUAUAUACAAAACUAUCUAACACUUAAACGAUCGGCACUAGUAACACAGACCUUGUCUUUAUAAUUCUGGCUCAAAAAGGUCUUAACAGAAAUGCGCGCUCGCCCUUAUCUACCUACACAUUGAUAGAUAAACCCCUAGAUACAUAAACCCAAACAAAAAUCUGUCAAUACUGUAUUUAGUUGUCGCGAAUUUAACCUUACGUACAUGUCUCAAGGUUGUUUUUACGUCGCGAUACUAUUUGCAUAAGUCAUACAAUUUUUAAUAUGUAUGGACUGUUAAGUAGAUGUUUUAAGACACUAAUUAUAAGUUUUGGGUUUUAUCUACCAGAAGAAUGUAACUAUCAUUAAUUAAUACUAAGUCACUAGCAUUAGUCGAGUUUAACUAGACCCAGUAUAGAUUAGUUAAUUUCUGUAAAUGACAUUGUAUUACUGGGUUUUCUUUCUCUAUAUGUAUUGAUCAGAGAUGUUAUGCAUUUGUAAUUUCAUCAUCAUCUCUGGUAUCAUUUAUGCCUAUGUGGUAUGUACUUGGUACUUAGGCGAGGUAUCAACAGUAUUGUACUAUUCCUUCUAUUGAUACAUUCAGAAUCCUCACGUUUCCAUUAAUUUUAGUUGACACUAUUCAUGUGAUAUUUUUUUUAUUUGUUAACAUAAGACUAUUUGAAUCAAAUAUGAAUACUUUUUCUGCUAGUUAUGUUAGAAGAAUAAUUAAUUUUGUUCUGUAUUCAGGAAGUGCACUUUAGUUUCGCUAUAAUUUUCCACCGAAUGUUACAUACGAAAGUUCAAGUAAAAGUGGAAUUGUAUAA